GAGCCAGCGAAUAGCGAGACUCGUGUCAAUAAAAGUCGACAUAGAUAGCAGUUGCGAUCAUAGGGCAUAGGGAGUCUGUACUUAUUACGUCUAUGGGUGGUUGCAACCACGCUCCAUCUUUUUCAGACAAUAGCGGACAUAUUUCGUCGACUAAUGACAUAGGGAAUGCACAGUCCAUUCUCUAUAUCGAUAUCUUCCACAUGUUCUUACUUCAUCUGUAUCAUGGUAGUGGGCAUCUCGGUACUCAUCUCUGAUGAAAAUCGACUUAUUGGCAAUCUCCCUACUUAUUUCUGUUAUGGACUGGCACAUUUCCUCAUUGGAGGAGGCUAGCAGAAGCAGCCAUAAGGAACGGAAGGAUCUCUGUGUGACAGAGACCAGUAGAUUGUUCAAUAUUUGUAUUCUUUAGUUAGAACCCUUAUCGUGAUUGUAGACAAUGAUAAAUAUGUUUUUGGCAACUACUUCGCGCAUUAUGUCUAGAUACAGAAUUUCCGCCAAAUAUACGAGGCAGAUGUCCUUCAUUCCUCGUAGAACAUUGCUAUAUGUUCCUGGUUGCGAUGAACGUAAAAUACAAAAGGCUCGUUCCCUUGAUGCUGAUUUAAUUGCAUUAGAUUGUGAGGAUGGAGUUGCUAUUAAUCAAAAGGGAAGUGCAAGACAAAAAAUACGAGAGCUGCUAGAUUUAGGAGAAUUUCCUAAAUCUCGUCCUGAAUGGGGUGUACGAGUAAAUUCAGUAAGCUCAGGACUCUGCGAUGAAGACUUAAAAGUUAUUCUAGGUGGAAAAAAUCAACCACCUUGUAUACUAUUACCAAAGCUAGAUACUGUUGAGGAAAUCAUUUGGUUUUCAGAUACUGUCAAAAAAUUAUUCCAUAAUAAUAAUAAUACCAUAAAUUUAAUAGUAUUUAGUGAAACAUCAAUCAGUAUGAUGAAUUUACCAAGUAUUGUUCAAGCUGUUAUUGAUGCUCAGACAAAUACUUGUAUUAAAUUGGUUGCCCUCGUAGUUGGCAGCGAUGAUUAUGUUGCUGAUAUUGGUGCAACAAGAACAAAAGAUUGUUCAGAAAUAUUAUAUGCUAGACAAAGAUUAGUAAUGGUUGCAAAAGCAUUUGGAUUACAAGCUAUUGACAUGGUUCAUAUAGAUUUGCAAGAUUUAGAAGGUUUGCAAAUAACAUCUGAACAAGGUGCUUCCUGGGGCUUUACUGGGCGUCAAAUUAUACAUCCAUCUCAGGUGAGCAUCGUACACAAAGCAUAUAGUCCUACACAGAAAAAAGUUGAUUGGGCUAGUAAACUAAUUGAUGCUUUCGAUGCUCACCAAAAAUUAGGCAAGGGUGCAUUUGUUUUUGAGAAUCAAAUGAUUGACAUGCCAACUUUAAAACAAGCUCAAAAUAUUGUUACUUUAGCAAAUCUUACUCUGCACCAUAAGGACUAAUUAUAUAUACUUCUUGGUACAUGGGAAAGGAAUUUAAAAAACUGUAUUGCACAAUAAAAUUUUGUCAACUAUUUUA